AUGUCUGCUUGGAAACUUCGCCACUAUUUCGAAGCUCACAAGAUAAUUGUAGUCACAGAUCAACCAUUACAUGAUUUGUUCAGCAACAGAGAGGCCUCAGUCAGAAUCACCAAGUGGGCUUCAGAGCUUUCCGAGUUCUACAUUGACUUCGAGAGGAGAACGGCCAUCAAAUCACAAGUCUUGGCAGAUUUCAUCGUUGAUUGGCCAUCCCCAAUCUUCAAGGAGGAACCUUCGACCGAAACCUGGAUCGUGCACUGCGACGGGGCCUGGUGGAAUGAUGGAGCGGGUAUCGCUGCAAUCAUAGAGUCUCCCUCGGGAGCAAAAAUAAGAUACGCAGCGCGCCUAAGCUUUGGCAACCUCGAAUCAUCAACCAACAACACCACCGAGUACGAAGCCUUGCUCCUGGGCCUUCGCAAGAUGAAAGCCCUUGGCCAUCAAAAUUUCAUAGUCAGAACAGAUUCGAAGGUUGUCAGAGACCACAUUGAAAAGGACUCAGAGGCAAGAAAACCAGAGCUCAUCGAGUAUCUUGAUGCUGUUAGAGCCAUGGAGAAGUAUUUCAAGGGCUUCGAUAUCGUCCAUAUUCCGAGGCAUAUGAACGACGAAGCUGACAAGCUAGCAAAGGCAGCAUCAAGAAAGGAGCAAUUACCUUCGGAUGUAUUUUUCGAAGAAAUCACAGAACCUUCAGUCAAGCCAAAAAAAGAAAAGCAGGUUUCAGUCCUCUCAGCUGAAGAUUGGAGAACACCUAUAAUGGAGUACCUUCGGGGAAACAUCGAGCCAGCAAAUGAGAAAGAGGAGAAGAAAAUGUUCCAAAGAGCAAGGGGCUAUAUAAUCUCCGAGGGUGAGCUGUUCAAGUCAGGCGUCACCAGCCCAUGGCUAAAAUGCAUCUCAACACUCGAAGGUGUUGAACUACUGAAUGAAAUUCACUCCGAGUUCUGCGGCUCACACAUUGGCUUCAGACAACUGGUUUGGGGUCCCAAGGAAAUCACCAUCGACAACGGCAAACAAUUUGAUUCACAGCUCUUCAGAGAGUUUUGCUACAAUGUGGGGAUGAAGGUAAUCUUUGCCUCUGUGUACCACCCACAAUCCAAUGGGGCAGUUGAAAGAGCCAAUGGCAUCAUCUUCGGCAGCAUUAGAAAGUGCAUGUUUGAUCAGAAAAAGGGCAAAUGUGCUGAUGAACUCCCAAAGGUCAUCUGGUCCCACAACACUUCAGAAUCAAGAACAACCAAGUUCACCCCAUUCAGGUUGCUCUAUGGUGCCGAAGCAAUGACACCAGAGGAGCUCAAAAACCAAAGCCUAAGGGUAACCCAUCAAGCUGAGGCCAAACCCUCGAAAGACACAGAUCUCAUGGAACUAGAUAUCCUCCCAGCUUCGGAGAACCUUGAAAAGUAUCAACAAGAAAUCACGAAAUGGAGAGACAAAAAGGUGGUAAAAAAGAACAUCACAGUCGGGGACUGGAUCCUGAAAAGAAAACCAAACGCCGAAACCUCCGGCAAGCUUCACUCCAAGUGGGAAGGACCAUUUCUGGUAACCAAAAGCAACAGGCCAGGGUCAUAUCACUUGUUUGACGCCGAAGGCAAUGAGCUGCAGCAUCCGUGGAAUGCUGACAGCCUCAAGAAGUACUAUAUAUAA